AUGACUGCUCAGCUGCUCCGUACGGCUGUACAGAAGAAGAUCAAGCGUGCUCCAACCGACUCCGAAGUGGCCGACUACCUGAACCAGAAGCUUGACGGCGCCUUCGAGACAUACUACGCCGACACCCGCAACAUGUGGACAAGAGUGCGACAAGCGACCGGCCACCUCGUCAAGACCGACAAGCUCGAUGUGAAGUGGACGUGGACCAACGACAAGAUCCAACUGCUCGUGCUCGGAUGUGGCGUCACCAAGAAGACGUGUGAAAGGAUGCUCAAGCGCGCCGUCCAUCAAGCUCAGCUCGUUCACCUCACCGCCAAGAAGAGCCAGGGCAAGGUCUACAACAUCACCGCCCACCAGCCCGUCUCCAACUACUUCCUGCGUGACGGACGCUAUAUCCGCUUUGCGGACUGGCGCUUCGUUCACCGUGCAAGACUCGACGUCGUUCCACUAAAUGGCUGCAACCGUGCCCGUGAUCAAAAAGACAAGCGCUGCCGAAGAUGUGGCUACCAACUCGAGAGUGUCGCCCACGUCCUGUGUCAUUGCCCUGCUCACGCCCACGCCAUCACCCUGCGCCACAACGCCGUCCUCGACCGCCUCGUCAACGCCAUCAAGCUGCCCGCGACCACCACGAAAUAUGUCAAUGUCAAGAUCCCCGGCACUGAUGGUCAACUACGUCCCGAUCUCGCCCUCGUCGACCAUGUGAAGAAGCGUGUGACGAUCGUGGACGUGACCAUGCCGUUCGAGAACCACGACCUGAGCGUCUUCGCUGCCGCACGUGCCGAGAAGCUCCGCAAGUACGCCGACAUCUUCAACAAGUUCAACGCGGAUGGCUACGACACGUUCCUGGACGCCUUCAUCGUCGGGCCACUCGGCGGAUGGGACCAAGAAAACGACAACGUGCUGCGCCGACUCGCCGUCUCCGUCAAGUACGCCGCGCUGAUGAAGAAGUUGAUGGUCGCCGAUGCGCUGAAGUGCACCCAACACGACAUUACGCUGCGGUGUCGCGACGGCGUGGUGACGGCUUCUCGGCAGGCCCUCUACUACUCGUCCGUCUAUUUUCGCAGGCGCCUGAUGGAACCGGAUGUGGGGGAUGAACUGCACGAAAGCUCACCGUGUAUCAUCGUCAAGCAGGCGCUGGCGUUCAUGCUGACGACGACAUUCGCCCACCCGGGCGACAUGACCGUCGACCACGCCGAGGAGUUGAUCAACAUCAGCCUCAUCUACCAGCCGAUCCGCCGAAAUGCCCUCGUCACCGCCAUCGAGCGCCACCUCUUUGGCCAGUUGGACAAGGCAAAAGACAACCUGCCGCUCCUCCUCCAAUACUUCCUGCUCGGCUACAAGUGGCGCCUCGAGCGAUUGCCCACGGCGUGUAGUACCCUGAUCUUCAUGCAUCACCAGGGCGACUACGUGGCAAACUAUGCACACGCUACCGCCACCACGCCCAUCAGCCGCACCCACCAGGAACUGCUCGACCAGCUGCACGCGCCGCGUAACCCGUUCCGCAUGGCACCGCAUAGCAAACUCGUCGAGCUGUUCCCGUACGCGCAACCGUGCGCGACGGCGUGCUCGUUAUCGUCGAGCAGCACCACUUCCUCCGCCACGGGCAACAAGCCGACGAGCCGCAAGAAGCGCCCGCGCAGCCUCAAGGUGAGCCGCAGUGCCGCCGACCGCAUGAGCAAGGCUUUGCGCGAGUCGGACGGGCCCAAGUCGCCGAAACCCGAGGGGGCCAGCUCGGCCAACGUGUCCACCUGCUCGCUGCCGCCGCCUGAUGCCCCGGCGACGCCAGCUGGUGCGGGCAGCGGUCUCGAGAAUCUGCCGCCGCCGACGAUGGACGGGUUCAAGCCGUCCACCGAUGCUCCGCCCCCAUCGGCCAAUCCGUCGUCGGGCAACUCGUCGCCGGCCCUG